GCGGGCGACGCACUUCCGGUGGCGGCGGCGGCGGCGGCGCGAGCGAGAGAGAGAGAGAGAGAGACAGGGAGGCAGCGCGAGGCAGGGCCAUGCCCCCCAAGAAAACCUCCAGCCAGCCCAGCAAGAAGAUCGAGCAGAAGAAGAAAGAGAAGAUCAUAGAGGAUAAAACCUUUGGUCUGAAAAACAAGAAGGGAGCAAAACAGCAAAAGUUCAUCAAAACCGUCACAAACCAAGUCAAAUAUGGACAGACUGGUGCAAAAAAUGUCCUUCCAGGUGAAGACAAGAAAUCGAAGAAAGAUGAUAAGAAGAAAGAGCUCCAAGAGCUGAAUGAACUUUUUAGACCUGUAGUAGUUGCUCAGAAAGUCAACAAAGGAGUCGAUCCGAAAUCUGUGGUAUGUGCUUUUUUCAAACAAGGUCAGUGCACCAAGGGUGACAAAUGCAAGUUUUCACAUGACUUGACUCUGGAAAGGAAGAGUGAAAAGCGUAGUAUCUAUUAUGACGGCAGAGACGAAGACCUUGAAAAGGACACAAUGGAGAAUUGGGAUGAAAAGAAACUUGAAGAGGUCAUAAACAAGAAGCAUGGUGAAUCUGAGCAGAAGAAAUUAAAAACUGAAAUAGUAUGCAGAUAUUUCCUUGAAGCCAUAGAGAAUAACAAAUACGGUUGGUUCUGGGCCUGUCCUGGAGGAGGUGACACCUGUAUAUACCGUCAUGCGUUGCCACCAGGCUUUGUAUUAAAAAAAGAUCAGAAGAAAGAAUCUAAGGAGGAAGAAAUUUCAUUAGAAGAUUUGAUAGAAAAGGAGCGAGCCGCCUUGGGACCAGAUGUCACGAGAAUCACUCUAGAAACCUUCUUGCAAUGGAAGAAAAGGAAGAGAGAAGAGAAAAUUGAGAGAGAACAAAAAGAUAUGGAGAAGAGAAAGGCAGAUUUCAAAGCUGGCAAAGCUUUUGGUGUGAGUGGUCGGGAAGUCUUUGAAUUUCGACCUGAUCUGGUCGAUGAUGAUGAUGCAGAAGCUGAUGACUCGCAAUAUCCUGAAGAAGAGGAGGAAGAGGUGGAAGAAACAACAGAGAUCAAUGAUAUUGAUAUUUCUAGAUUUGUGCCACAAGAAAUCGAUAAAACUGGCAUUACCGUUUCUACUGGAUAUGAUCGGAUAGGAACAACACAUUCUGUAAAUUUACCCAAAGAACUAUCCAAUGAUACAGAUGAAAAUAAAUUGGGUGAGGCUUCAGGAGGAAUCGACAGUGGGGCUGAAGAUGGUGAAUUCGAUGGAGAAUCAUCAGAUGGCCAAAUCGAUGGCGUUCCUGUAGAUGAAAACCUCUUUACUGGAGAAGACCUUGAUGAACUAGAAGAAGAAUUAGAUGACCUAGAUUUGGAAGAAUAGACCUGAGGAGCUGGAGCAUGCUUCAUACAGACUUGGAGAUGCAGAUUCAAAAAGACUUCAAAUUCAAUCGAUAUCUGACUAAUUACUUUAAUGUUUGAACCCUGUAGGCCUCUCCUAUGCUGCUUUUGAAAUAUACCCAUCUGGUAAACACUGACCCACACCAUGGUCAUCCUGUUGCCCUAAAGUCACCAAUAGUUUAGACCUACCUUUCAAAAAUGGCCAAAAUGUGAGUGAAAAAAAAACAUUGCUGAUUGUCUUUAAUAAUGAGUAUUAAACACUUAAUUUUAAAAUGUUUGCAGCUCAGCAAUGAAGACCGACCAAUUUGUGUGCAAAAGUGUUCUUAAACUUAAGUGCACCCUUUAAUAAAGGAUGUUGGAAUCCUGAUUACUUUGGACAGGGAGGCUAUAGACCCAUCAGAGCAUAGGAUAUGAAAUUACAAACUCAAUAAAGGGAGAGUGAAACAAACUACUAUUUCUUAUUAAAUUAUUCUAAAGAUUAUUUCUAAGUGGAAUACAGUAUUGACCUGGAGUGUUGUAAGCAAAUUGUCAUGCUUAAUAGCAGGUUAACAGUGCAUCGAACACUGCUGUAAAGCCUAUAGUUUGUGAAUUCAACAAGAUGAAGAUUGUGAACCAACAGUGAUCCGUAUUGAAAAACUGCCACAAGAGAAUGAUGCAAGUGUCCAAAAUUUUAGACUUCCUUAUCUUUCAUGUCUGUGCAGGUUGUAAAUAAAAUGCAUUUAAACCUCA